AGUUGAUUUGAUUUCUGAUGCCUGAGUGAACACAGCCGCUGCACGGCGAUGGCGGCGAUGGCGGCGAGGUUGUAGGGACGAGGAAAUCAAUGCGGCUUGGCGAGCGCCGGUGUGGUCCCUGCAAUCGCAGAACACCGGAAACUCAGAGGGCCAGCCAGCCAGCCAGCCAGACAGCCACAGGGGGAGGCUGGGAUCGUGGAACACUGGAAUCUCAAGCAGACUAGAAGGACCACAGGAGACUGAGAUCGCGGUGCACAUUGAAAACCACGGACACGACAGCAGGACAUCCGCCGGACACAGGAAGCUGUAGGUGGAGCGAUCGAGUCCACCUCCUCCGAGGCUCAUCGUGCCAAGUCAGGGGGAGAUCACUCCUGGUGCUAUGCUGAUACGCCUGUCCCUCCUGAUUGAAGCGCUGGUGUGUGAGACGGCCACCCAGGUUACCUUGGACCAAGCGAGAUGAUUGGCUAUCGAGUUGUACAACCGUCUGAGGUUUGAGUCCAACACCCACAAGACUUUCUCCACACCCUGGGUAGAUUGAUGACGAAUAGUCCACGACGGGGAUUCGAUCCUAGUUUGAGAGAAACAGGUUUCUGAAUACAGAAGAUCAGGCUGUUUCAUUCGAGGCUAGCCUAAAUCUUCAAAAAUCUCCCGCCGUUUCUCAACCAAAAAUUUGUGUUUUGACGGGUGUAUCCACCAUUGUCUACUAUGGGCAUCCACAUACCCGGCCUGAUCGCCAUCAUCUUCUUCUACCUUCUCAUCGUUGUUGUCGGCCUGUGGGCAGCGCGCAAGUCCAAACAGACGGGCGCCACCGCCGACAGCGAGAAUGUCAUGUUGGCCGGCCGCAACAUCGGGCUGCUGAUCGGAAUAUUCACCAUGACAGCCACAUGGGUGGGCGGGGCCUACAUCAACGGAACAGCCGAGAUCAUAGUUCGCAGCGGGUUAGCCUGGUGUCAGGCCCCCAUCGGCUACGCCCUCAGCUUGGUCGUCGGAGGUCUGUUCUUCGCGAACAAGAUGCGAACAGAAGGCUACGUCACCAUGCUGGACCCUUUUCAACAGAAGUACGGGGAACGCAUGGGGGGACUCAUCUACAUUCCAGCACUUAUGGGCGAGGUUUUCUGGACAGGCGCUGUUCUGUCUGCCCUUGGCGCCACCUUGUCGGUGAUCAUGGAGAUCCCACCCCAGCCCGCCAUCAUUGUGUCGGCCUGCAUAGCGCUCUUCUACACGCUGAUUGGUGGACUGUACUCCGUGGCCUACACUGACGUCGUCCAGCUCUUCUGCAUUUUCAUCGGGCUGUGGGCAAGUUUCCCCUUCGCCAUGGCCCACAAAGCCGUGAGCCCACUGACCACCAACGCGACUGAGGUGUGGAUCAAGAGUGUGGACCCCACGUGGUCUGGCUACUACAUCGACUCUUACCUGGUUGUCAUCUUUGGGGGCGUCCCAUGGCAGGUUUACUUCCAGCGGGUGUUGUCAGCAAAGACAGCCUUCAACGCGCAGUUGUUGUCGUACAUCGCGGCCAUUGGCUGCAUCGUCAUGGCCUUGCCCGCCAUGUUGUUUGGCGCUAUUGCUGCUGAAACCGACUGGAACAACACAGACUACAAGGGCCCGGUGCCUAUUCCCAGCGAGAACUUGAACCUCAUCCUGCCCAUGUGCCUGCAGUACCUGUGUCCAGCCGCGGUCUCCUUCAUGGGGCUGGGCGCUGUCUCCGCCGCCGUCAUGUCAUCGGCAGACUCCUCCAUCUUGUCUGCUUCCUCCAUGUUCGCUCGCAACAUCUACAAGCUCAUCUUUCGACAGAAGGCCUCCGAGAUCGAGAUCCUGUGGGUGAUGCGCGCGGCGACGUUCGGGGUGAGCGCCAUGUCGCUGGCCACGGCCCUGACGGUGUCCUCCAUCUACGAACUGUGGUUCCUGUGCGCCGACCUCGUCUACAUCGUCCUCUUUCCUCAGCUCAUCUGCGUCAUCUACGCCAAGAGAACCAACACCUACGGGUCGCUGGCCGGCUACAUCGUCGGCCUCUUCUUCCGACUGAGCGGCGGCGAGCCGUCCAUGCACCUGGAACCCAUCAUGAAGUACCCGUGGUACGACGAGGAGACCAAGUUCCAGCUCUUCCCCUUCAAGACCUUUUCCAUGCUUCUGUCCCUGCUUACCAUCAUCGGCGUGUCCUUGCCCCUCAAGUACAUGUUCGAGACGGGCAUGAUUCCUCGCCGUUACGACUUCUUCAUGUGCAUCGUCAACAUCCCCGACGAGAACAUCGUGUUGGCAGCCCGCGACGGCGCCACGGAGCACACCAGCAUCGUCUCCUACUACAAGGACGGCAGCGGGAAGAUCAACCCGGCCUUGCAGUACUCCAGCGAGGACCUCAUCGCCGAGAACGGCUACGAUACGAUUGAGGAGAAGCCGAAACUGACUCACAAACUAUCUGUGACGAAAUAGUCCCAGUCCCCACCUUACUCCCCGCCCCUUAACACACCUUGCCGCGCACGACCAAGCUAACCCUUCUUCCCCAGACUUGCUGCUGCUGUUGCUGCUGCUGUUGCUGCUGCUGCUGUUGCUGCAUGGCAGUUGGGGGAGGCUGGGAAGGAGGGAGAAGCAAGAAGCAUUGCCGUUUAGAUGUUUAGAUUUUUGCCCGAUGUACAUACAGCGCAGAGGACUGUAUUCUGUGAACUGCGCGUGCAUGCAGCAAUAGAAUGCACGUGCAACGCAGCCGAUGACCUUUACGAGUCUAGAUUCUCAUCGUCAUACCAAAACCAUUGCCAAUGUCCGAGAUGAGCAGAGUACAGGCCAGAGCGCUACAACCUCCCCUCGUCAGAUGGAAAGAAGAUGGUGGAGGAUUGCAGAUCCCUCCCCGCACACAGAGGGCGCUGAUGAUCGACGUGGGCGAGAUUGUUGUCAGAAAUUAUUAAUAAUAGCCAGUUAGGAAAUGUCGGGAACGUGCAAACGACCUUUAAGGUUUGUUUAAUGUCUCCUUUUUCUACGUCCCGGGAACGUAGUCCUCAAGGAGAUGAGAACAGAAAGAAAAGAGGGGAAAGUGCGAGUUCCUUAGUUUGAGUUCAUUCAUUAGCUGAUAUGUACUUAUAGAUGCAGUUAUUCCCACGUGGCGUAGCGAGUCCAGUACUUAUAUACAUGUAUGCAGAGGUUGCGUGUGUAUCCCAUGUAUAAACAUUAUUGCCCUGGUAGUGGUAGUCGUGGCGAUGUUUUGGUGUUUCACAAGAUGACCUAAUUGUGGUUGAGAGGUCAUGAAUGGUGUCAGGACAAGCAGCUGUGUGUGUAUACGAGCGUGCAUACUUAUUUGUGACUUUGUGUGCGUGCGUGCGUUCAGUUUGUCAGUUUGCUACAUCCUUUUUGCAUGUGUACAAGCUAAGUAGUCAGAAAAGGACAGUGAAAAUGCAAGACCGCUGUCAGUACUGCUCUCUCUUACACCUGCUUCUAACAGGUUUCUAGUCACAAACUUGUUUCCUUUGAUCAAGAUGCUGUGGGCCAUAAUUUUUUUUUUAAUUUAAUUUUCUUUUCUUUUAACUCUGCUUACUACUGGUAGCUGUCCUGACCUGUCUCUUUACUUGUUCCCGCUGUUAUCUCCCUUGCAUCAGUGAAUUGUCUCCCCUAUUAGGGUGGUAAAUCUUCUCAUGGACAGGAUGUCAGGGCGGUGCCUCUCAUUCGUGUAUGCCGUGGAAACCCUUGUAUGGCCAUGCUUCUUUUCUUUGUAUGCAGAGAAACCUUUUCAGGGUCCUUCCACAUCCUGCUAUAUGCAGCGAAACCCUUGAUGCUUUUUCACUCAAGUAUUUUAAAAGUAAAUAAGGUUAAAAAGAACCGUUUGCAAAAGUAUCAGAAUCAUUUUCAGAGAAUCAUUCGACAAUCUUUUAAUUAUAUACGACCGCAUAUUUGACCUUUGAUUCCUUGUCUAAGAUUAACGGUUGUAUACAUCUUUCCCCUCUAAAAGCAGUCGUUGGGGUUGUAACAGCAAAGGUAAUGUUUAAUCGCUCACUUUGGUGUAGCUGAUGAUGAAUUAGAUGAAUUGUCCAUUACUCCUUUCACCUCUAACCUCAGUAAGUUUGCCUUGGUCAGCCUCAGACCGUGCCUACGUCCUACAACUUGUCAGCAAAACCGUUCCGCCGAAAAUGAUUGCAGGUGUUUGUCUUCUUCCCAGCAAAUGUUCUGUUCAGCUGCUCCUCCCUGUUUGGUGCUGACACUGUGACUGCCUACGUCCGUCUUUUCUCGGUUGUGAUGGUGUGGAAGGAAAAAGAAAAGCUCCAUAAAAUUUUGUUUUGAUGGCUUUGCUUCCACAGGUUGUAGAAACUAAUCUUUCUGAGGCCCUGAGCUAUUCAACUGGGUAUUGUUGAAUAGAAAUCAGAAAACAGGAUAACUUUCCUUGGUAAUUAUUUCAUAAAGUUCCAGAUGAUAUGCAAGUGUUUUCAUUGUGCUCUAUUUUUGUUUUAUAUUAUGAUCAAUACAAACCAAAACAUUUAAUGAAUAUCUACACUAAAACAGCAAAAAAGGAGACUUAUUUCUUUUAGUUCUUUUUCUAACUUUGGUAUCUUCACCUCCAUGACACAACCUGGGUGACACUGGUUGGUCUGGUUUGUAUUGGUUUCGUUAUAAAGAUCUGGUUUAGUUUGUCGGGUCAGGCAAAUUUAAUGAGGUUUGCCUUCUCUCUUAUUCUAGUUUGAUUCAGCUUUGGUUAACUUUGGUCUGUUGAAGCUCCUAUAAUGAUUUCAAAUUUAAAAUUGUUUUUGAUCAUGACACAUUGUCUGGGACCGUCAUCCGGGAAGUCUGCUUCCAUUAUCAUUUCCCCUUAUAAUCCCUAUCAAAUGUAGAGAAUUCUAUGGGUGUCUUUAGUAGAUUGGAAAGAAAUUACAACAGGUCUAAUACAACCACAUCACGAAGUCCACUGACGAGCCAAAAGGUUAGGGAUGGUGUGUGAACACGUGACACUUGUUGACUCAGCUGUCGUCGUCAUGAAACUGAAAAUGUUGCGAAUCGUAUAAAUUCUGGAAAUUAUUGCUGUGUGUGAUACUCCGACAGAAUAGCUGCUUUUCUGACAGAUAUAAUAGAACAAAGCUGAUAGAAUAUUAACAAAAGGUCAUGAGUAUGUUGUGUACAGUGCUUAAACAUGUCCACAGAAAACAAAGUUGUAAAUAGUAACUGUUUCUUAGCUAGAGUACCGAUCCAUUUAUCGUCGAAUGUGGUUUGCUAGAACAGUCACCUGUUACCGCGAGAGAAGCUAGAGAUAUUGUGUUGUGUGUGUAGUGCUGCAAAAUGGAGAUGAUAAAAAGUUCAUCAUUCCAAAAAUAAAAA